CCAUUCAGUCUGUGUGAAUGCGGAGUGAGGAGAGGACAGGAGCACUGGGAGUACUGGGACUGGGAGCGACACAGUGGACUGGACGGACCGGACGGACCCGGGCAGGCGGACAUGGAUGGACAGAACGGCAGCAGCAGCAUCUGCCCCCGGCCGCGCAGCGCCGCGACGGCCGGGAAGAAGAAGAAGAAAAUUCCCGACAGAGUGACUCUGAAGAAGGAGAUCGGGCUGCUGAGCGCCUGCACCAUCAUCAUAGGGAACAUCAUCGGCUCUGGGAUCUUCAUCUCUCCUAAGGGGGUUCUGGAGCACUCGGGCUCGGUGGGUUUGGCAUUAGUGGUUUGGCUGCUGGGAGGCUGUAUUGCUGCUCUGGGCUCCCUCUGCUACGCCGAGCUAGGCGUCACCAUUCCCAAAUCUGGAGGCGACUACUCUUAUGUAACAGAGAUAUUCGGUGGCCUGAUGGGGUUUCUCCUGCUGUGGAGCGCCGUCCUCAUCAUGUACCCAACAACGCUCGCUGUCAUUGCGCUCACCUUUUCCAACUAUGUCCUGCAGCCCGUUUUUUCAAACUGUGUUCCCCCAUACAUGGCAACAAGGAUGCUGUCAGCCACAUGUCUUUUGCUUCUGACCUGGGUGAACUGCUCCAGCGUUCGCAUGGCCACCAGAAUCCAGGACAUCUUCACUGUGGGGAAAUUGAUGGCUUUGGGUCUCAUCAUUGUAGUUGGUCUGGUCCAGAUCUUUAAUGGGCACUAUGAGGCGUUGACACCUCAGGUGGCCUUUUCACUGGACAGGGUGCCUUCAGUUGGACAGAUUGCUCUGGCCUUCCUGCAGGCGUCGUUUGCCUUCAGCGGCUGGAACUUCCUUAACUAUGUCACAGAGGAGGUGGUUGAACCCAGACGGAAUCUACCGCGUGCCAUCUACAUCUCCAUUCCAUUGGUGACCUUUGUGUACACGCUCACCAACAUCGCCUACUUCUCCUCUAUGUCGCCUGAGGAGCUGCUGUCAUCCAAUGCCGUGGCUGUAACGUUCGGUGAGAAGCUGCUUGGAAUGUUCUCUGUCAUUAUGCCGAUCUCUGUGGCUCUAUCUACCUUUGGAGGAAUCAACGGCUACCUGUUCACUUCUUCUAGGUUGUGUUUCUCAGGAGCCAGAGAAGGUCACCUGCCCAGCCUGCUGGCUAUGAUCCACUAUAAGAACUGUACUCCCAUCCCUGCCCUCCUGGUCUGCUGUGCUGCCACUAUUGUUAUACUCUGCAUUGGAGAAACACACAACCUGAUCAACUACGUCUCCUUCAUCAACUACCUGUCAUACGGCGUCACCAUUGCAGGUCUGCUGUACUACCGCUGGAAGAAACCCAACCUGUACCGACCCAUCAAGGUUAACCUUCUGGUUCCUGUGUGUUAUCUGAUGUUCUGGGCGCUGCUGCUGGGAUUCAGUCUUUACUCAGAGCCUGUGGUUUGUGGUGUUGGUCUAGUCAUCAUGCUUACCGGUGUGCCUGUGUACUUCCUUGGUGUCCAUUGGAAAGAAAAACCAAAGUGCAUUUACAACUUUAUUGAGAGGGCGACAUACGUGGGCCAGAGAUUGUGUUUUGUGGUCUUUCCUCAGAUUGACCCCAUUGAGAUUGCUAAUCCUUCAGAAUGGACUGACCGGUCAUCAGGCAGGAGCAGCUUGUCUGCCAAUUCUUAAAACUCUUCUCUGAAUACAUGAAGAUCUUUUUUCUCCUGUUUUUAUUCUGUCAUUCUGUAAGUCCAGACAACUGUUCCGGCUAUUGGAGCUUCCUGUCUGACCUUUGACCCUGCAAGACUCUUUUUUUUUUUCCUACAGUAAAGUGGAAAUGCCUGCUGUUCUGUGUGGGCUGCUUGCACUUCUCUACUAAGUCUUCAAGUACACCAACCUAAUGCCAACAGUGUCAUGUUGUGAAAAAGACCUUUAUUCUCCUUUUGAAUCCACUUGUUGAUUCUUCUGUAACAUGACAGAACAGUGAUUGACUGACAAUGCAUGGUAAUUUCUUCUGAAUGUUGUUGGUAUUUUAUUGUGCCUUAAAGUCUUUUCACACCAAGUCCAUAACAGAUUUAUCACCAGUCUUCUGAAAACAGCAAGGAAAAUGCACAUACACAUUAUAGUACGCCUGAUGCAAAUACUGAAGAAACCUCAAAGCACACAUGUCAUCUUGUGCACAGUCGACCACAAAUUCUACAGUCCUGUUUUUACUCUUCUUUCUGUCUGACCGCUUUUAGUAUCAUAUAACCCUUUUUCCACCUUUCCACCUUUUUGAAGUUUCACCCAGAGCAAAUCGUACUGGAACAAGGGGUAGAGACAAGCUUUCAGGUGUAUGGAUCCAUACAAAUUACAAAUGUGCAUCACCAUCAUCAUUAAGAGUCACACUGAUAACUUUGGGUUCUGUGAGAAAAUGUAAUUUCAAAUCACAUUGGCAGUUAAUAAUAUUAAUCAUAGUUUUUAUAUCAAAAAAUUGUUAGCACAAAUUGGUGGUUUUAACUGAAAUGUCUUGGCGACUAUUGAAUGAGUUGCCAUUUAAUUUGUUGCAGACUUUAAUGUCCACCUCUAGGUAAAUCCCAGUAACUUCAGUAACUUCAGUAACUUUUUAUCUAGCACCACCAUAGUGUCAUUAUUUUCCUUUCCCACAUAUUUUCAUCCUCAUUUCGCCUUUGUGUUUAGUGCUAAUUAGAAAAUAUAAGAUGGCAAAUAUGGUUAAUAAUAUACACUACUGUUCAAAAGUUUGGGGUCACUUUGAAAUAUCCUUAUUUUUGAAAGAAAAGCACUUUUUUCAAUGAAGACAACAUUAAAUUUAUCAGAAAUACAGUCGAGACCGUUAAUGUGGUAAAUGACUAUUCUAGCUAGAAACAGCUGAUUUUUAAUGGAAUAUCUACAUAGGGGUACAGAGGAACAUUUCCAGCAACCAUCACUCCUGUGUUCUAAUGGUACAUUGUGUUAGCUAAUGGUUUUGAAAGGCUAAUUGAUGAUUAUAAAACCUUUGUGCAGUUAUGUUAGCACAUGAAUGAAAGUGUGAGUUUUCAAGGAAAACAUGAAAUUGUCUGGGUGACCCCAAACUUUUGAGCAGCGCUGUAUGUCUGUUAAACAUGUUAAGACAUUGCCCUUGUCAGUGUGAACAUUGUUUUCAUGCUGAUAUUGGCUUUUUUUUCAUUUAGUGGCAACCUUUUGCACACACUAAUUCAACCAGCUCAAGACCUUCGACACAAUGACUGCACAUGGCAUGAAUGAUAAAAAUGCGAAGGACUAGGAAAUGCAAUGUAUUCCCAUAUCUGUUAGGUUUACUGACAUUUAUGAGAGAUGUUAGCUGAUGUAAGGUGUCCAUAUUUGUAUUGUUUUGUAGUUGUAAUCAUAAGUUUAAGUUUGACAUAAACAAGAUGGAAAUUCAGAACAUUUCAUUAUGAGAUGAGCACUGCAAUGAUGUCACCAACCUAAUAGAUGAGGGACAUGGCUACCACUGGUCAAAUGGCUAUAACAGAAGUCAGGCAGGAGGGACCAAACAAUAUACGCAUAUGUAGAUUACAGCUAGAAAGACACAUUUUUUUGUAUUUGUGUGUGUGUGUGUGUGUGUGUGUGUGUGUGUGUGUGUGUGUGUGUGUGUGUGUGUGUGUGUGUGGGUGGGUGGCUGUGUGUGUGUCGGGGGGGGGGGAUUCUAAUGGUGAAUCUCUCGAUUGCUACAACACCAUGGUAACUGAUGCUCAGCAGGUAUCCUGCUUUAGUGCAAGUUCUGGUCAGAGUUUGGGAUUUAAGUCAGCUGUAAAAAGCGCCAGCCUGUCACCAAUUCUUUUCCAGAUCAUACUCUGAGAAAUACAGACUCUCUCAGCUGAGGGAAUAUGCUGUAUUUGCAAACCUAUGAGCUGUACUUUAGUAAUUACAUUGAAGAAAACCAUGCAGUUACAGUAUUACAAAAAGUUUUGUGUUACAUUACCACGGCAAUCUAAAUGCAUUUAAUUGGUGAUGCAGAAAAUGCAUAAACAAAUAUUCAUGUUUUGUCCUGAAAUGUUGCCAAGUCUGUUCUGUUACAGCUAAGAGAACACACAUUAGAAAAUCAUUUAUUCUGUUGGCCUUUCUCACUGACAAGAUUUAAUCAGUAACAUUAGUUUCACUUUAAAUUGGCCAAAAAUGCUAUUAAUUUCCACAUAUCCUUCAUUAUAGGACAUUCCAGACUUAAAUGCACUUGUUCAUGUUUAAGAACUCUAUUGUGCAGCUGUCACAGAAAUAAGCGGCUGCACUGACAGGCCACUGAAUGGGAAAUAAAUAUAUUAACUUGCACGACUGACCAUAUUCUAUCAGCAUUCCUCUUGACUGAAGUAGGUGACACAUGAUUAGUCCAUUUUGUGCACGUGAAUCUUAUGGAGUCCAUAAAGAAAGCCUGAGUUAUCAAAGAACACAGAUUAUCACUGUUGUGACACCCAUUACCUCUGAAUGGGGUUUUAGGUUUUGCUGAGCUGUGUAACAUGAAGAAAGCCUGGCUAUGUCAGUAUUGCUUCAUAGUACAUUCCCUUGGAAAUCGUGCACAAAUCUAGAUCAUGACUUGAUAAAAUAUUUUAUACAAGCCAAGCUAUACCUGCUUCUUGAAGCUUGCCUCUGUUAUGUCUUACUUUUCUUACAUUUCUUGGUGAAAUUAUCAGCUUUUCAAACACUACUUCUUUCAGUUCUUUCAGUUUUUUUAACUUAAGGCAUCAUUUGUGAAGAGUUUAAAGCUGUAAUUAAUGACUUUGUUUAUAGUUGAUAAAUCACUUACUAAUGUUUUACUGUUAUAAGACAACAAUUAUGGAAAGUUUUACAUGGCAAAAUUGUGUUAAAUCCUCUUCAAGCAUGUCAAUUCUUCAAAGUCAGCAGGGAGAGUCUCCAAGUCAUCAUGAUUCUAGUUAUGCAUUUUCAAAAGCAGUAAUUUUCAAACCCGAUUUUCUACAAACUGGCAAUCACAAAAUGUUGUUGUUAAUCAUUGCUUCUAACUGCUUUCCAAAGCAUUAGUAAGUGGUUUAUUAAUUAGCAGUAGAGCCAUAAAUUACAGCUGAUGAACAAUUAAUAUAUACUAGUGUGCAAGACAUUCUAGACAUGAAUGUGUUCAUGUAAAAAUAGCUAUUUAGUGUAAAUUUCAGACUUGGUGUGAAAAGUUCUUGACUGAGAAAAAAAUCCAUAUUCAAAUGUGGUUUAUUAACUGAUUUAUUAUAUUAGAUUUUAAUAUAUUUUGCAAGUGUGUUUGCUGUGUGUUUUACAUUUGAUUAUUUGCAUGCGCUUUGGUCUUCCGUUGUCUGUCCCCUUGGUAUUCAGAAUAUAAAUUGCUGUACACAAACCAGAUGGUGCACGAAUCACCAUCCCAUUCAAGAGACCAAGGUCUAGCUUAUUAAUCUAUUGCUAAACAAGUAGUUGUGUUCACUUUAUCUGCAACUUUCACCCCAACACCAUGGUUUGGUGGCAUGAAAUGACUUAGUGAUAUAUGCUGUGGUUAUAACCACACGUAGAAAUACUUACAAAUCCUUGCAGCCUUCAUAAUGUUUUUUGUUUUUUGUUUUUUUUUUUUUUUAACAAAGAAAGCAUCUAACAUAAUGUGGCACCUUGUAUUAUGUAUGUUAAAUCAUGCUAAUGCAGUAAGCAAAUGAGACACAAAUGGUUCUUUUCACUAAUAUUACCCAUUUCAGUAGCACUUGUUUUGGUAAGGACUGAAUCUCUGUGAUCCGGUGUUCAAGUUGGCCCUGUAAAGUUACAGGUCCAACUUGUACAAAGUCAACUUUCUAUAACCUCUGCCUGUUUGGUCACUUAUUUUAUGAUUUCAUAUUGUGGAUAUACAGCUGGCUGCACAGUGGCUUGGUGGUUAACACUUUUGCCUUGCAGCUAGAAGAUCCCUGGUUCGCGUCCCUGCCUUCCUGGGAUCUUUCUGCAUGGAGUUUGCAUGUUCUCCCUGUGCAUGUGUGGGUUUUGUCCGGGUUCUCCGCCUUCCUCCCACAGUCCAAAAACAUGCACAGGUUAAUUGGUAAUUCUAAACUGUCCAUAGGUGUGAAUGUGAGUGUGAUUGUUUGUCUCUGUAUGUAGCCCUGUGAUAGACUGGUGACCUGUCUAGGGUGUCUUCUGUCUUCACCCUAAGUCAGCUGCAACUCUAAUGAGGAUUAAGCGGUGUAUAGAUAAUGGAUGGAUGGAUAUACAGCUUAACAUCAGCCUUUUUAGACCUUUAAUAUUAUUAUUUCAUACCUGCCCAGUUAAAUGACGACUGCACACUCUCUAACUUGCAAAAAUGAAUUUAUUUGCAACAUUUCAGUGCUGGAUCUUCAUCAGGCAAAUGGUUUGGUGCAAAGAGAUCUUAAAUAGGGAAUGCCUGUGGCUUAAUUUCCCACAAUAUAGAUUUCAAAGCCAUAUACAAAGUAAGACUAAUGAAUAUAUCUCAAAAUUGUUUGUAUUGAGUGAGUAAAUUUCUAGGAUAUGAAUGCAUAAAAUCCUCAAUGGCCAAAACUGCAACGCCUGAUGAAGGUCUAGCACAAAACGUCACAAAUAAAUGUAUUGUUGCAGAUUAGACAGCGUGUGGGUGUCUUUUUGAAACUUUUGGAAAUGCUCUUCUCUCUCCUAUACACCUGUCUCAUGACAUAAAUGUGCAAAGAGGUGCUGUAGGAUAUAUCACUUUGCACAAUGCAAUAAUCAGUGGUACUUUUUUUUACAUGGCCCUUGCAUGUUAGUUUAGAAAGAAGCAGUGGGAUGUUGGCCAUGUUUGUAAAAACAGCCAAUACUAUUAGCCAGUUAUAAUCCCAAGUUAUUUUAUCCUUACAUCCGGUUUAAAAAGUUGAGAUUACAAGUUUAAGACUUAGGACUUUGUUGUUAUACAUGCCAGCAGGCUAACUGUGUAACCACAAGCUGUGUCCCAGUUCCAUAGAAUAUGCUACCUGUACAGUACAGUGUACCGUUUUACAGUACACAAAAUCUACAUACUGCUUCAUACUGACUGGAUAUUAAACAGUAUGUGCAACAUCAGGCUUUAUUUUAAAGAGUAAGCAUUUUUAAUUAUUUACAUCUGUGAGUAAUUCUUCCAUUUCCUUUGUAUUUUGCCCUGUGGGACAUGUUAAGAGUUGGCCUACAUUAGAAUCAAAUUUCUUUACACAGCAUACUGGUGUUUUAAAGUACUUACUAUACACUGUAAGCACAUUAAAUACACACUAUAUACUGCAAACAUGCUUAGAGUUCAUAUGUAGUAUGGAACUGGGAAUCAGCCUCAGUUACUUAAGGCCCAGUUUAUAAAUGUUUCCUCUUUGUUGCUUUGGCUUUUGCUUGAAUAUGGAAAGAGGUGACUCUGAAAAUAUUUCUAUGUUUUGAUAUUUUAAUUAAUUACUUCAGUUAUAAUAGAUUCCCCCAUCCAGAGGAUCCCUCAUUUGCACUCUCUCCAGCAGCUGCCAUUUAAUUACAGAAGCACACCAUUAAACUUUCUGCAAUCUAUUUUCAAGCUUUGGGUUUGUAACAAGAGAAAAUUGAGAAAUAGGUCAAUUCAGUUGUCAUAGGUGCAGCCUCUACUGAAGAUUGUUUGUGAUCACUUAGGUGUGAACACUGAACAGAAUGUAAAUGCUAAUAGAAAAUACAAGUCUGGUAAGAUGUUCAGUCAAUCAGGUCAUUGGCUCUCUAGAAGUGGAAGGUCAAAGAAUUCUGAUGUUUGGCAUCAUUUAAAAAUCUCUGAAGCUUUUUGGAUGUCAGGCCAAACAACUUUGAGAAUCUACAACAAAUCGUAUUUCCUUUUAACUAGCACUUCUAGACAUGCAAUAAUAAUUAGCAAAAAUGUAUUCUGAUCACAUUGUUUUACUUAUCAAGUCUCAUUCCUCCUCAUAUGAUUGUUUUCCAGCUUUUCUGAUACCUUUUUUGUAACAAAAUUAUGUACAUGAGUGUAGAUGGGGUUAAUUCUGUUGUCAGGUAAAAAUAAAAUGUAAAAAAACCCAACAAAACAAACAAAAAAACACAUAAAAUCCUGUUGUAUCCCCUUUCAAGAGGAUGGGGAAAAUCACAGCACAGGAUCUGUGGCAGCUGGGGUCUUCACCUGUCUCACUUUGUCUUGAAAUACAGGCACUAUUACGCUGUAAAUUUUUUGUAAAGCCUUCAGUGUUUACAAUGGGAUCAUCACGUGGAAUGUUAACUUGGGUGUGUUUUACAGCACUUUUUUAAAAAUGAGUAAAUAACUCUAGCAGCACAAUAAAUCAAGAAUGACUUGGAACAGGA